CGGCCACAACAACAACAACUGCAAAAUGGCGGGGCCCAUGGAAGUGGAGAUUUCCAAAAUUUUAGAAUCAAAUGACUUUUCUUCGGUCCAAGAAGAAGCAAAAAGUAAAAUUUUAAGUUAUAUUUCAAGAAAACAUAAAGAAGAUGAAGAUGUACGAGCUAAUUUAACGAAACUACGUGUAAAUUCAGAGCAACAAUAUUGUGACAUAGAAAAGCAACUUAUAACCAGUAAUGAAAAGUUGAAGGAAGAAUCUUCAGCCAAUGAGCAGUUAAGACAACAGAUUGCAGAACUAGAGAAAAAGUAUAAUGAGGCUUCUCAGAAACUUCGGGGUUUGGAAGACACACAGGAAGGAAAUCUCUCAACACAGUUACGGUUAACAAAAGUCAAUGAGCAGUUGGAAUGUGAGAAGAGAGAAUUUGUUAUACUCCUAGAAAAAAGAAACAGAGAAAUCGAUGAUUUAAAUGACGAGAUGAAGAAGAUGUCGAGGAAGUUGUCGGAGAUGAACACAGCGAAAUGUGAGGCUAUUGCUAAAUUUGACGAAGUCAGGAGUGGAGAAAUCAACAAAGAAUUCCAGGUUAAGAGAUUAGAGCAAGAAGUACAGAACUUACAGAAACAGAUUGACUGGCUAAACAAUGAUGCUACAGAGAAAAAUAAAGAACUGAUGGCUGUCAAACGGGAAAAGUCCAGCAAGGUACUAGAGAUACAAUCAGAACUAGAGACGAAGACAGAGGAAUGUAGUAUACUUCAAACAACAGUCGAGUCCUUGAGGAAAACUAAUUCUGAACAAUCUCAGAGGAUUGAGACCUUCAUACAAAGAAUAAAAGAUAUGCAAGACAAUUCAAUACAGUCAGAAGAAAAGUUUAAACAAGAAAUCAAUGCCCGGGCCAAUCUUGCUGAACUGUAUAAGGGAAAAGCUGAGGAGAAUGAGGCCCAGGCCAAAGAGCUGUUUAGUGCAGUCACAGAACUCCGGAAAAUGCUCAAGGAGGCUGCUGAUGCCCAUACAGAUAUGGAAAAUGAAAAAGAUGAAGAAAUACAAAAAGUCAGGGAUGUGUUGGAUCAAAAAGACAAAAGAAUAGAGAGAUUGGAACAAGAGCUUGUCAAUGCCAAUGAGCUGCUAUCUGCUAUGAAAUCUAAAGGAAUGAGUGAGGAUAAAGUAGAAGCCAUGUUCCCAACAGCCGCGGCCACUAGUAAAAUGUUAAAGUCUGGUAUGACCUUGACCCAGAUAUAUAAUGAAUAUGUACAGGCGACCGAUGCUCUACAGUUUGAAAAGGAUGAGAACAAACGACUAAAUUCAUACCUGGAUCAAAUACUUCAGGAGAUAGAUGAGAAGGCACCAAUGUUGAAGAAACAGAGGGAAGAUUAUGAGAUAGCCUUGAAGAGUAUCGACCAGAUGACCAGACAGCUAGAUGCUGCUAUGUUGGACUGCCAAACAUUACGAGCUGAAACUGACGAGAGUCACCGAAAGUCGUCACAUCUGACACGGGAGAACCAAAAACUGCAACAGCAAAUCAGAGAUCUCUCUGAGCAGGUGAAGUACUUGGUGAAAGAGAUGGAAGAGGUUAAAGGUGGGCGUGUAGUGAAAGAUGAUGGAUCUUCCCCAGAGAUUAGCAGUUCUUCCAGGCUCAUAUCUGACAGGCUUGUUACCUUCAGGAACAUUGAUGAGUUACAAGAACAGAACCAGAAGUUACUGGCGGUGAUCAGGGAGCUGUCUGAUAAACAAGAGGAGGAGGAGAACAUGGCUGUAGAUGCUAAAACAAAGGAACUAAAAGAACAAUUCGAGCAGGCCCAGGAAGAACUGGCAGAAUUAAAAGAUUCUAGGUUACGGCAGUCAGAAAUGGUGGAAUCUAUUGUGCGACAGAGAGAUAUGUAUAGAAUACUUCUUCAGCAAGCCAAUGCUUCCCCUACACCAGAUAUGAGUUUGUCACGCCCUGGAGAAAUGAAGAGUCCCGUUAAAUUACAAAAAAGUCCCGGUCCAGACGCUAUGGAGAAGAAGUUGGAUGAAGCCAAUAAAGCAUUGAAACAACAUCAGAUGGAGUUUAUGUCAUACAAAAAAGACAAAAUGGAAAAUGAUAAGAUUAUGAAAGAGCAGGUAGAUAAGUUAAGACAGGAAGCCACAGAUCUACGUCUGCAGAACGCUAAACUUUCAUCACAGCUGGAAUUUGCUGCAGAGAGGAAUAAAGCUGCCGUGAGUAAUACCGAGGGUUACAAGAAAGAGAUAGCCGUGUUGAGAGACAAGCUUCAGAAAUAUACAGCCUCCGUUGCUAAACACGAACAGACCAGUAACUCACUUAGACAGGAGCUGAUGGCGGCCCAGGAGCAGAUAGCGAAGGCCGAGGCUCGUGUUGAAAAUCUCCGAGCGGAGAAGGACCUGAUCAGAUCCUCAGAACAGAGAGUGAUGAUUGAGCUUGAGUGUAUACGUAGAGAGAGACAGACACAGACCAUGUUGAUGGCUAAUCUACAAGCAAUACAGAAUAAUUUAGAGAGAAAUGAAAAGGAAACAAAGAAUACUUUAGGAAAACAAAUCGAGACAUUAGAUCGUGAGAAAACAUUUUUAAAGAAGAGAUUAGAAACAGAGGACAGACAACAUUCAGCAAUGACCAAACAUUGGGAGCGACAAGUACAGGAGUUGAGAGGUCAGUUAGAACAAGAAUUAAAAAGUCAUCAGAAUACAAAGAAUCAGAUAGAACCCAAAGAAAAAGAAUUAAAGGAAACAAGAGAAAAGAUUAAAAUGAUCUCAACAAAGCUGGCUGAUGCUGAAACUAGACUGGAAACUCUAACAUCUGGCACAGGUGGGGAUAAGGGUGAUGAAUUGAAGGAAUUGAGAGUUAAUCUUGAGCAAUCUCGUGCAGAGGUCACAAGUCUACAGACCCAGUUACAGAAGGCCAAACAGCACACUGAACAAUACAAAACAAUGGCGGAAAGUUUACAACAAACUAUAGACCAACAGAAUCAGACUAGUGAACAAUUUAAGACUACAUUAGAAGAAAGGCUACGAGAAGUAGAAGAAGAACGUCGUCAUCUGUCAUCACAAAUUGAUAGUCUCGAAGCAGAGAGACAAGACCUACUGAAUGAGAACAUGAGAAUUACAGAGGAGAGCCAAAAAUUGAAUGCAGACUUGCUUAAGAAGCUUGCUGAAGUUGAGAACGAACUUCAUGCAGUGACCGACAGACGGGAAACAGCCAUAGCUCUGGAGAUGUCGGCUAAACAAGAGUGCGAGAACCAGACAAAACUUGCAGCAGACGCUCAAGACAAGUACGAGCGUGAACUGAUGUUACAUGCCGCAGAUGUCGAGGCUCUUAGUGCAGCUAAGAAACAACUGGAAGGAUUUAAUGAAAAACUGCGAGAGAAAGAUGAACAGGCUAAAAUCGCAGAAGCUCAAUUGAAAGAGUUUAAGACAUCAUCAGAAGAGAGGGAGAAGAUGUUGAAGGAGGAGAGAGACAAAAUGGCUGCCAGGGUGAAGGAUUUGGUGCAGGAAACACAGGCCCUUCAUCAACAAAUGAACAAGUUGAGUAACCAGGUGGUUUCAGUUCAGGAGAGAGCGGCUGCCACACCCAGGAAGUAUGGAGGGGCAACUCAAGCCCAGGAUGAUAGCUCAAAAUCCUCGGAACAACUUCUUGAAGUUGUAAGAUAUUUAAGAAAGGAAAAGGAUAUAGCCGAGGGCAAGUUAGAUGUUGUAGAGACAGAGUGUUCCAGACUGAAACAACGAUGUGACAAUCUAGAGAAACAGCUCGAAUCUGUGAACACUCAGUUGUCAGAGGAGAGGGAACAGAGACAGGCCGAGACACAAACUGCAGCGCAACAUGCUGAGUUGAUGCACAGAGUAGAGUCAUACAACCUGUUACAUGAUAGUAAUAAACUACUGAGAGAAGAAAGGGAUCAUGCACAGUCUCAACUUUCCCAGGCCGAGGCUAAGCUAUCAAAACUUGAGGAAACGAUCCGACCUCUACAAACAGAAAUCCGUGAACUACAAUCCCAGCGAGAUGCCCUGGCUAUAGAUAAAAAGUCGAUAUUAUCCGAGGUGGAGAGAUGGCGUAACAGAACCAAUCAGCUUAUAGAACAAUCGCACAAAACAGAUCCUGAAGAGCAUAAACGGCUCAUUCAGGAGAAGGAAGAAUUGAGAAAGCAGGUGAUCAGUAUUACAGAGGAUUUACAUAAAGCAAAGGCAGACGUAACAAAGGCAGGAAUUGAAGUAGCAAAAUUACAACGACAGAUAUCACAGCAAAAGGAAGAAUUCAACAAACAAACUGAGGAGAUGAAGGCAGAACAUGAGAGAGACAAUGCUGAGAAGGCCAAAACUAUUGUACAGUUGAAGAGAGUUGGUAGAAAGUACAAGGACCAAGCCGAGGCCACCACCAAGGAGUUUGAGGAGUACAAGGCUAAACAAGAGAGUGUAGAACAGACAGAAAAACAGACAGAGAAACAAUUUCAAGCAAAUGCUGAGAAAAUCAAAGAGUUAGAACAGACAAUAAAAGAAAUGGAGGAAAAUUUGAAGACAGCAAAGAACAGUAUUGUUGAGAUGACAGGCAAGAACACCAUAACUGAAAACAAGUUGAAAAGUGUGGAAACUGCUAAUCAAACUCUAGAAAGCAACUUGAAGGAAUUGGAGGAGAAAAUAAGGAAUGCUGAGCAAACAAUUAUCACAGUGAGAGCAGAGAAGGAGGAUAUAGAGCAAAUGAUCGGACAGAAAUCACAACAACAAGAAGUUGAGUCGGCCAAAAUCUUACAACUACAACAGCAAAUAAACAAGCAUAGUGAAGAUUUCAAUAAGUUAAAAGAGGAGAAAUCCGAGGUUGAGAAGAAGUUGACAAAAGCUCACCACAUGCUCCAGUCGGCCAAGACAAGACUGCAGUCAUUGAAGGAGACCAAUGACAGACUGACCAGUGAUAGGUUGGAGAUGAGGAAACGAAUAUCUGAACAUUCUUCAAAUACUUCUCUUGCUGACGAGACAGAGGGUAUGGAAAGUCGAGUCAAGGAGCUGGAGUCACAGAUAGAUACCUUGAAACAAGAAGUCACUUCUAGAGAUAAUACCAUUGCUGAACAACAGAAAAAUAUGCAGCAGUUACAAAAUAAGUUAGAUAGUCAGAAGCUUGCUCCGUCACAGCCAGCAGCUCAGGUGUCAAGGUCAGGGGGAAGUGUCGCCCCUGAUAGGACAAGUUCCUCACCAUCAGAACCACCAAAGACUGCGAACAUUCGCCCUAUAGCCUCUAGUCCGGCAAGUAUCAAGCCUCAGACAGUUCCAGUACAGCCUCAGUCAGCCGCCUCUAAGGUGAUGGCUAGCAUACGACCCAUGGCUAUUGCCGCUACUUCUGUGUCCACCAUUACAACUGGUACACCGACGGCAACAGUGAUGCCUACAACAGCUAUUUCUCAACAAGAAGUUCCAGAAGAAGAAGUUUUAGCACCAGUACAGCAGUUGUUCCCACAGUCUACAUCAGUUGGGGGCAGACCUACACAACAAGUUCAUAGAGUCAUUCCUACUCAAGAGUCCACAAGUGUUGAAAGCUUGCCAGAGAGUACCACAGAGACUGUGGUGGUUGAACCUGUACAGUCCACUUCCAGAGAAACUCCUGUGGUUGCCAUGCAACAAUCUGUUAAACGUCAGAGAGAGGAAGUUGAGAGCCCUGUAGAUGAUACUGUUGUCAAGAGAACUAGAGUUUCUACAUCAGAGCCUGAUUCCAGUGAGAUACCAGAAAUAACGAUAUCUGAGGUAGCGCCCCAGGAGGCACCAGAAGAUGUACAAGAGGCCGCAGAAGGUGAUGCAGACCAGGAACCCGAGGAAACUGAGGCUCAAACUCAAGGGGAGGACACGGAGGAAGGAAGCCAGUUACCAGAGUCUGACCAACAAGUAGAAGAGCAAGCUGAGGGUGAUGAAAUGCAGGACGAGGAAGGUAUGGGUCAGGAACACAGAGUUAGUAGAGAGAUGCAGGAAGAUGAUGAUGAUGACGAGGCUGUCAUUAUUGUAGAAAGUGAAGAUGAGGAAGAUCAGGCUGAAGAGGAUGGUGAUGAUGAGGAAGAUGAUGAUGAGGAGGAGGACAAUGAUGAUGAUGAAGAAGAAGAUGAUGAUGGUGAUGAUGAUGAUGAUCAAGAAGGAAUGGAGUAUGGAGAUGAAGAACAAGUACAGGAAGGGUUUGAUGUUGGACAGGGGGAUGUAAAUGAGAUGAAUGAACAAGGUUACACAGAUGAAGGAGGUGAUAUGCAGUCAGGAGGACAGAAUCAGGAUGAUGACGAUGUUGUUAUUAUAGAUGAGGAUGAUGAUGAUGAGGGAGACGCUGGUGUUAUGGAUUCCCAGGAACCAGACUCACUGCCUGCAAGCCAGUCUAGCAGUCAGACCAGUCAACAGUCACUGGUUCCCCCAUUACAACCUCUCAUGCCACCUGAGAGACAAUUGUCUACUGGAGGGAGGAACCAGCUUACACCUUUCAUGAUUGGGGCAACUGGUGCAGGAUUUGAAGUUGACCUUGAUGAUUGUACAGUGCCAAGUACCCCUACGCUAAAUGUACCACGUAGAAUGGAUGGUUUUGCUGAGGCUGUCAGUUCCCCACAGGUGUCACAAAGGUUUAUAUUCGGCAGUGGAGGCAGUGAACAGAACCUGUCUUUGAUAGAAGCCGGGGCAGCUCUAGGAAUGGGUAUGGACGACACACGCAUGGAUUUGUCUCAGUUAGAAGAAGGAUCUGGCCGCAGUGUACCCUCCACACCGCUACACUCCACUGCCCCAGUUACUAUUAUAACUGAAGCAGCUGAUACCAUUCCAAGCCAAUCAGAAACAGCUGUUACAUCUGUCAGCCAAUCAGAACUAGGGACACAGGAGGAGGCGGAGUCUGGUUUAGAACAGUUUGAUGAAGGCGGUGUUACUGUAGAUUUAGAAGGUGAGGAGUUUGAGGGUGAACAGGGUGAAGAAGACUCACAGGAAGGGCUUUAUGAUCAGAGUCAAGAUACCGAAGACCGAACUCAGUCAGAAACAGAGAAAGAAGAAUCUGGUGAUGUUGAAGCCAGUUCAAGCAAGGAGGAUGUUCCUGUAAGCUCAAGUACAGACCGACAAACAGAUGCUUCAAAGCCCAAAAUUCAGAAGAUAAUUUGGGAUGCUCCAGCGCCCAGUCAGACCACAGUCAGCCCUGUAGUAAAUGUCAGCUCCCCAAUUCCAACUGUCACACAGAUGGGUCAACAGCAACAAUAUAGACAAAGUCGAGGAGGUCCACAGAGGGGUAUACCCACCAGAGGAGGAGGCUUCCAGAGGGGUCAAAGGCGACCAAUGAGAAGUCGUGGUGGAAUGAUGUAUCAAAGAAGACCUCCGAUGUAUUGAGAUAAACUUUCAUUAAUGAAUUCAAAAGUUUGUGGAGUAAAUUAUGAGUAAAAUUCAAAAGUUGAUGCAAACAAUGAUAAAAAACGAUUCAAAAGCUUGGGUAAAGUCGACUUUUCUCAUAGUGCUUUUUCACACAAUCAGUUGUUGUGAGAGAAAAAAGGUCAUUUGGAUUUUUGUUGAGAGAAAAAAAUCAUGGAUUUUUUGGACUAUCAAGUCCAAAGUUUGAAACUAAGACAACUUAUUGUGUACAUGGAUCAAGUUUUUUAGUUUUGACAGAAUUUUUGCUGGGAAGAGUGUCUUCAUCAAUACAUGUGUACAUGUAUUCAUUUUGUUUUACUUCAUACUUAUUUAAACAAUUCAAAACCUUUUUUGAGAUGAUUUUCAUUUACAUGUGAAGUAAAAUUCCACAUAUACAUGUGAAUGAUGAGAAUUAAAUGGAAAAAUAAUUGUUUUCGUGACAUUGAAAUACAUGUAUCGUUUCAUUUCAUAUAUGAAUGCUAGCGUAAUUUCAUGAUGAAACACGUCCAUUUCAUAUGUCAUCUGAUAAUCACUAUACAAUUACUGAAAGUGCUGUACUCCCUUGGAUCAAUGUUUUGUUGGAUGUAAAGUAAUGUUAUAGGUGUAGUGGUACAUGCAGAUUGUUUAUUGAUACAUAAUGUGUUCACAUUGCUAUGUUAAACAUCUCAUUCUGUUUGAAAUGCAAGCAUCAAUUAAAGUGAUAAAUUUUU